CUAGUCAUUCACCCACAGUUUCCUGACUUCCUGUAUCUCCACACAUGCUUUCAAAUGUGCACAGCAGGUCUAGAAAGAGAAGUAAUGUUGGUUUUCUGUGCCAGCUGAAUGGCAGACACAUCACUUUGAACCCAUAGAGAUGGAUUUUGCAUGCAGUCAUGUUGUAUGCAAUUGGAGGUCUGAGAGCUUAACAGAGGAUGAAAAUAAAGUACUAAAUAGUUCUACUCCCACUCUGCCCUGUGGUCUGACCAGAGCUCAGUCUGUUUUAGAACAUCCUUACGACAACCGUGUUUGCACAGUUCAGAAACCAAUUUCAUCCUUGGUUCCACCUCCUGUACCACCCCGUAAUAUACAGCAGAAACAUAUACUGCCAAGCUCUCUUCCACCACCAAUACCACCAAGAGGCCUCGAGAAAAACGAAGAGACUUGUCUUAAAGCUAAUGUUAACGUAGUGUCACUCAAAGUGGGAAGCCUUGUGGACAUUAAUUCUGCUAUACACUGCAACCAGAAACCAGUGCACUGUGGAAAAUGCAAUGCCAUCAUGUCCUCUGCAAGCAACCCAGAGACACACCAAAACACUACAAUGUGGUCCUGUGAGUUUUGUGGUGAAGAGAAUGUCUACCCGCUGGGUGCGCUGAAGGGAGGGCGCGUCUCUCUGCGCAGUCCUCCCGGCAGGGAUGUUCUUUACAUGGAUGAUGAUGAUGAAGUGGAUUAUGAGAAUCUAGACAACAUGCUUAUUGUCUUCUGCGUAGACAUUUCCGGAAGUAUGAGCGUGACGUCUGAGAUCUGUCCUGGUAAUACCAUGCGAUCACCCACAUAUAUUUCACGGCUGCAGGGAGUCCAGGAAGCUCUUCAGAUGGUUCUUACCUCCUUACAGAAGACCUCACCUCAUCGAAGAGUGGCACUGGUCACGUUUAAUGAUGAGGUGACAGUGUACGGGGAUGGUCGUGGGACUCCUCUCUCUCUAAGAGAUUGGGCACUAAUGGACUAUGACUAUCUGAAGAAAGAAGGAGAGAAUUACAGCACCCCGCAUUGCAUUGCAGAAACCAUUCAGCCCCUUACUCAGAAAAUCAAGGAACUCAGAGAGCAUGGAGCAACAGCACUGGGACCUGCUGCACUGAUCUCGGUUGCCAUGGCAUCACAGUUCACAGGGUCGAAGGUCAUAAUUUGCACAGAUGGGCGGGCCAACAAAGGCCUGGGCCAGGUAGAACAAGAAUCUUCCCUUUGCCUCGCCCCUUCCCCUUAUUUCUACAACCAGUUAGCCUGUUAUGCUGCAGAAAAGGGUGUGAUUGUUUCAGUGAUGACCUUUGAGGGAGAAGACUGUCGCUUGGCAGAAGUUGGAAGGCUGGCUGAUCAUUCCGGAGGCAGAAUCAAUAUUGUAAACAUUGGAACGGUCGCUACAGAGAUUCAGAGUGCCAUAGCUGACAACGUCCUAGCAACUAGUGUCAUGGCAACAUUGCUGGUUCCUGAUGGCAUGUACUUCCCCUACGAGGAAGAGGAUCAUCGGUUAGUGAGAGAGAUUGGUAAUGUUACAGACAAGGUUGAGAUCACCUUCCAGUUUGCAGUCAAACCCGAAAAAGUUGAGAGUUUUCAAAAACAGGACAGGGUCCCUUUCCAGCUGCAGCUGAGUUUUAGAACUCGAGAUUUACAGAAAGUGACACGAGUUAUUACUCAACAGAAACGAGUGACCACCAGCAGUUGGGUUUGGGCGGGCAGCUUAAAUAUGUCUGUGCUGGGUGUACACUGUGCCCAGCUGUGUGCCAGGCUGACUAUGGAGGGCAGAGUAAAGGAGGCACAAAGACAACUCAGAGCUCAGCAAGACCUUCUCAAAGACAUCAGUGAACAGAAGCCAAGCCCUAAAGAAGAGAGUGUCUAUGGGAACUGGAUCAGUACGAUGAGUAUGAUCUGUGAAGACCUCACCACAGUUAACCAGAACAAAGAAGAACCUGAAGAACCAAUGAAGACAUCUUCUACCGCAAGUCUCUCAGAUGAGGCGGCCAAAGUGGUUUACCAAAUGAAGAGAGCAAAGAGUGCGGAUGGAAAAGAACAGAAAGUUGCCACAUUAAAGAACUGAGUUUUGCUUAUAUCAUUUUUGUUUAUAUGUCAACAAUAAAAUUCACUGUAAAUGGGGUGAUGUCACAAACUAUAAACAUUGAAUACACCUUUGAAUAUAUGCAAUGUGAAAUAACUAGUAUUUAAAUAACUGAGCAUUUCAUGCAAUCACAGCUUUAUGUAAACACAUACCAGUAUGUGUCUUUGGCUGAUGUGUUUUAAGUCAUUUUAUGUUGGGGGAAUAGGCACUGUAAUAAUAAAAAUAAUUAAAUGAAAUCAAAAUAU